ACUGAGGGAUGGAUCUGACUCCAAUAGGAAAAGCGUGUCUCUAGAAGUGGUGCUAAUGGGAAGAGAUUUCCGAGCUCCAGAGGACGAUGAUUUGUCACAAAGGGUAGCUGGCUCGGUGCUUUGGGCUGGAGCCGUGUAGGAGAUCCUUGGAGAAGUCAUUGUGCACAGAAAACCGAAGACCUGUACAAACAUGCCUGUUCGCAGAGGUCAUGUGGCACCACAAAAUACAUUUCUGGGUACAAUCAUACGAAAAUUUGAAGGGCAAAAUAAAAAAUUCAUCAUUGCUAAUGCUAGAGUGCAGAAUUGUGCUAUCAUCUACUGCAAUGAUGGUUUCUGUGAGAUGACCGGGUUCUCCAGGCCGGAUGUCAUGCAGAAACCUUGCACCUGUGAUUUUCUUCAUGGGCCAGAGACCAAAAGACAUCAUAUUGCCCAAAUUGCUCAAGCACUGCUGGGGUCAGAGGAGAGGAAAGUAGAAGUCACCUACUAUCACAAAGAUG